AUGGUGAUGGGAAAUAGAGCUCCAAACAAACUGGAAUGGAGGAUACAUGUACGUAAUGGGACAUCAGAGAUACUACAGCCUGAGACUGGUUUAGUCCACAGAAUCUGGUCAUGGUUGAAGGGUCUGCUAGGAGAAUUCAUGUUGAAAAUUUGGAAUUUUUUGGAGAAGGCUAGGAACAUAGCGGUUGCUGAGCCUAAAAAGGUUAUCCAUUGUCUCAAAGUAGCGGUGACACUAACUAUCGUGUCACUCUUCUACUAUAUGAGGCCUUUGUAUGAAGGCGUUGGAGGGAAUGCUAUGUGGGCAAUUAUGACAGUUGUGGUAGUUUUUGAAUACACUGUGGGGGCAACACUAUAUAAAUGUAUUAACAGAGCAAUAGGCACUUUCCUUGCUGGUUCACUUGGCGUUGGCGUUCAUUGGGCUGCAAGUCACUCUGGAGAUAAACUCGAGCCCAUAAUUCUUGGAAUCUCAGUUUUCCUUCUUGGUGAGUUAGAAUCUGUUCCCAAAACAGAUUUCCUCCCCUUGCGAUUCUUCCUUUUGUUUUCUGUCUUGUUCCAUUUAUGA